GACUGAAAUGGUAAACUGUGUCAAAAUUUGGGGGACGGAGGUAGUAGUAUAUUUCUAAUUAAUUACAUUCUAUUUAGUUUUAUGUACGAUUUCCAGACUUUUCUGUUAAAUUUGUUGUAGGAAUAUUUUUUUGUUUUCCUCUUUUAAUUUUUAAUUUUCCAAAGAGGAUCAAUGCGGGGGAGCAUCUAGAGAGAGUGAUGUUUCUAUAUUAGAAAUGCGUUGUGUGUGGGACGGAGGGAGAAUUAAGAGUUUUGAUUUGAUGGGUCCAUGCUAGCUAAUAAGGAAGAUUUGAAGAAAGAUCUAGUUUGGACAGUGUUAUUAUUUUCUGGUGUAGGAAAAGCAUGAUAAGGCCACGGGUGCAAGUGAGGAGGCUAUGCAGUCGAAUCCGUAUGCGUAUGCUCUUAAGGUAAGAAAGCCAUAUACGAUUACUAAACAAAGGGAAAGAUGGACUGAGGAAGAGCACGAGAGGUUCCUCGAGGCCUUGAAACUUCAUGGUCGUGCGUGGAGGAAAAUUGAAGAGCAUGUGGGUACAAAAACAGCAGUGCAAAUCCGAAGCCACGCACAGAAGUUUUUCUCCAACGUUAACUGUUCUCAUAAGUAUCAUUAUGUCCAUAAGCUCCUUUAAGUUUCGAGAGAGAGUACUAAUGGAGAAGGAAGUAAUGCAAAGCUUAUUGAAAUUUCUCCUCCAAGGCCUAAGAGGAAGCCGGUGCACCCUUAUCCGAGGAAGCCUUAUUCAGUGGUUAAGAAGUUAAUGAAAUCGGUAUCUCAAGACAUGACGGAACAAGAUACACAGUCUCCUACUUCUGUGUUAUCUGAGAAUCAUUCGUACACAUCUGCCAGAGCUGAUUUGUGUACUCCAGAAGGUAGCUCGUCACCAGUCUCAUCUGCUCUUGCUUCUUGUGGUACCCAAGUACCUACAAUAUCCAAACCAAUUCACGAAGAUGGAAAGUGUAAUCCUGAUGAAGAAGUUUCUCUGAAUAUGGAGCUUUUGGCUCAAGACAGUGACCUUGCUCAAGAAGAUCAAUCUGCUGUUCAACACCUGAAGCUUUUUGGUAAGAACUUGUUAGUGAAGGGUUCAUCUGGAACAUCUCUUUCGACCAUCGAGAGAAAUGAAGGUGGGGACGUAUCAUUCCCUUUGAAAGUGAUACCUCUGAAGCUAACUGUUGAGCAUGUGGAUGCGUCGCCUCUGGUUCCUUUUCCAUGGCUGAUGCUUUCAUCAAGUUCGACCCAGCAAGUUAUCGAAAAGAAAUGCCAUCUCGACAAUAAUGACGAGAAGGGGGCGUCUUCUAGUGGUUCCACAACUGAUUCAGACAGAGAAAAGAGCUCGGAUACUAACAGGAAGAAUGCAAAUGCACUCGCCUCUAGAUUACGUAAGAGGGCUUCUGCAGAUUUUGAAGAUUAUAGAAAAGGUUUUGUUCCGUACAAAAGACAUUCACGACAAGCUGAGAAACACCGGAGCCGCAUUUGCUUGUAGCCCCAGCCAAUAUGCAUAGCCAAGUAACAUUUUUUUGCUCUCUUUCUGAAUUGAAGGCUAUAAUAUAUUGUGCAGGUACUUGAUUUCCUAGGCAAUCUUUGAUUUUUGGGUUGUAAUAUUUUCAAUCUUUAAUGUUUUCGGUCAUUCGAAACACAACUGUGUAUCCUAAUGGAAACUUGUGUUUUCUUGUGUUGUAUAAGAUUCAGAACAAUU